ACGUGAUUAGUUGCUGCAAAUUAUCGUCCUAUUGAUUAAUUUUGGUAUAAAGCUUAGCAAUAGUAUCGACAUGUUUUCAUUCCCACAACAAUUAACAUAGGCAUAGACCACAUAAUGACGCAUUAUAUUAUAUCUGCGUUGCAGACUAUUACCAGGCGUUAAGCUGAGCACUUUUGUCUACCCAAUCUAUGUUCAACAAUUUGAUUUAGCGCAAACCUUGAUAAACACGCUCGGAGCUGCCAACGCUAAUAACUAGACGGUUCUCUAUCACUAUACCCCUAGUGUAGCGUUAUCGAUUAUACAGAUCAAGAUAGGUCUGGCGAAUGUACGGUGACCGAUUCUGCACAGUAGACCUACAAAAUGUUUAGUGGGGAGGAUGGUUUCUUUUCAAACUUAUUCGGUUCAAAACCAGAGAAAGGUGUUACCAAACAGAGGGGUAAGUCGAAAGAUAGGUACCACGAGGACCCACCGGACAUUCCGGGUGGCUACGAUUCGGAAGAGGAGAUCAGGAUAUCACACACUCACCAUCAUCACACACAUGAGGAAAAAUCAGACGGUGCGAAAUCAACUUUACAGAGCAUAUUCAAACCAUCGUCAGAUGAACAGCCUCAUAAAAAAGAUAAAGGUGAUGGCCUAAUCUCAAACAUGUUAGGUACGAAAGAGAAAGGUGUUACCAAACAGAGGGGCAAGUCCAAGGAUAGAUACCACGGAGAUCCACCACACAUUCCUGGUGGUUACGAUUCCGAGGAAGAGAUUAAGAUUAGACAUACUCACCAUCCCCCAUCUAAGGAAAAAUCAGGCGAUGCAAAAACUAAAUUACAGGGCCUAGGCCUAUUUAAAUCUUCUUCCGAUAAGAAACCUCAUAGAGACAAUGCUUAUUUAGCAGAACAUGAAUCUCAGCCUAACAAGUCACGCGCAAAAGGUGGUGGCCGAGAGACGCCUAAAAAGUCAACAUUUGGGACGUUAUUUGGAAGUGGCAACGAUGCUAAAUCAACAAAGAAAAAAUCUCAAGAUCGCUAUCACCAGAAAAACCCGUAUGAAAAGUACGAAAAAGAAUCAAAAGGAGGACGUGGUGGUAGUGGUGGAAGAAAAGUAGAAGGUGGUGGAUGGUGGUCCGGUGGCGGGGGUGGUGGCAGCAGUGGGGAAGCAAAAUCUGGAAAAUCGAAAGGGCGUUCGGCAGGAAGGCAAUCUAAAGGUGGAAGUAGUGGUUUCAGUCUCCCUUCAUUUUAAGUUCGUCAGAGUCACGUGCUUAUCAAUAUGUGCAUCAAAUUUCAGAAAUCAGCAGCGAGUGUGAUAGUGGCUUAAGUUCGACAAAAGGGGUCACGAGUUCAGACAUUAAAACACGUUUAUAAAGCCGAUGACACACUCAUCGGUGGCAAUCGUCUCUCCUCCCCCCAAUCACGGCCAAGUAGUUAAAAAUCACCUCAAAUCACCUUAUUUUGCUAGCUAUCACCCCUCACCAGUCAUCGAGCCACACAUUUGACCUCCACGCACCCCCCCCCCCCCAUUUCAAGA